AUGGCUCAGCAAAGCAUCCACAGUUUCUACCGCGUCUGGUUCACCUGCGUGGACCCCCUCACCCUGAUCCCAACCGUCUACGCGCUCAUCUACACGCCCGAAUUCAUGCUCGAAGGUCUCAUUCCACCCAGCAUGGCCGUCUACAACCCAAUCGAAGGCUUCUUCUACCACCAGCUUUCAGCCCUCUACGCGUUCGUGGGAAUCAUGCUCGGCGGUAUCCUGCGCGUCACAUCUGACAUCAAGGUGUGGAGAAUCAUUGUCGCAGGAGUCUUGCUUAUCGAUGUCUCUAUCCUGGCUAGCGUGUAUGUCAGUCUCCAACGACAGGGGAGACUCGAGAUGGAAAAGUGGCGUUGGCAGGAUUGGGGGAAUGUUCUGUGGACGGGAGGAGUGGCUGUCAUUAGAGGUCUGUUCUUGGCUGGCUUUGGAGCUGGACGCAAGGGAAAGACAGCUUAA